GAUACUUCCGUCUCAUACCUUAAGAAUCGGGUACCGACGUCAUUGAUCAAAGCGAAGUUUAAAAAAAAAAGAAGAGAAAAAAAGGUCUCGCCGCGGUGAAUUGCAAGGAACUCUGUCGGAGCUUCCUGUGAACUCAUCCCUAACUCAACUGCAACUCUGGAGCCACCAAGCUCCUCGUCGGAUUACUUAGUCAAGUUGGCGGGCACUCGCUUCAACCAGUCUACCUUCCUCCAGCCUCUCCUGGGCCCUAAGUGCAGGGUCUUCUGCGGGGGCGUCACCAAACCCCCGUAAUAGAACGGUCCAGCGACCUAAGAAAGCUGGCACUCGAUCUCCCCGACGGUAAUGCCAGGCCCUGUCGAGGGGUCUGGCUGAUGGAUGGAGAAGCAUUUCCCUGGGACUUGUUCACGCCCUCGUUGUCGUUGACCCGAAGGCUUUGAUCAUUUACCGCUUGGUGCUUGCCUAACUCUUCUUUAUAUUUUCUGCGAUUUUCUUCUUUUCUCGACUCUCAAACCCAUUAAUGUACCCGAUCGCGAACGGUCCACCGAGUCAUCAUGUCCGAGUCACCCCGGUCUGAGAAAUACAUGUGCCUGACCCGGUUCAGCACCCCGGUCCCCGAGCUGGACGAUCACCGAUUCCAAUUGGAACCUACGCAGCCGCGCAUUGAGGCCACCCCCGAUGCCCAGCUCAGUCGCCAGAAUACCGCCCAACAGGGGCUCCCCCCGGAUACUCCCCAGCGCCCGGAUCUGCUUCAUGUGCAGGAGGCACUCCGGGAGGCCGGCUCGUUCUCGCGAGACUUUGAACAAGCCGUUGUCGACGAUGAUCAAGCGGGCAAGGAUAUCAAUGCGCUGGGUCGGCGCUUCUCCGUCGAUCCGCCCGGCAAUACCCGUCAAGGCCGUUCCUAUAGCCGCGCCCCUCCGGACCUCACCAACGUGUCGAGAGAAUCGUCCCCCUCCGCCCGGUCAACGUCUCCGCCUAACUCCGUCGAAGCGUUCGCCGACCCCCGCCGUCGCGAGCGCGCAAAUACUCUGGAAAGCCACGGAGCGCCCGACCUAGAGGCGAUCCUGCAGCGAACCGUCUCUGGCGGCACCCACGCUCGCCGCCGCACGUUCAGCAAUGCGAGUAUCAUCCGGCCCCAAGCGGGCGAAGUGCAAUUGGAGCCCGCCGAUGACCCUUGCGUUCCGUCGUAUGAGGAGCCGGGCCGGAUUCCGGUCAUCGAUUACGAGGAACUGGAGGAAUUCGUGGCCUUGAAUCACAAGGCAAAGCACACCACAACGAGACAGUGCCAGAGCCUCAGCUCCCAAAGCAAUCAACAGCGGGUUUUCUAUGAUCUCCGCCCAGCCGCCCAGAAACCCAGCGACGAAGACAAACGCUCCUCCAGUGUGGGACGAUCUUCGGAUGACUACAUGACGUCGGACCCCAAACUCAAUGAAAAGGCCUUUGCGGAAUCCGUGAACGAGAAGGAACUCUUGGCGCACCUGAAAAACGAGAAUGAGCCUAGUCGGUUUGGCUUCUUCUCGUCCGAGUCGCAGAGCACCGUACAUGCUGCCGAGCUCGGUGACCUCGUCCUGCCGGGGGAUACGUUUCGGGAUCUUUUCCAGCUGGGUCCGGAAGGGGGUGUGUGGUGGUUGGACGUCUUGAACCCCACGGAGGCGGAAGUCAGUGCGCUCUCGAGGGCGUUCUCUAUCCAUCCGCUGACCACGGAGGAUAUCAUGACCCAAGAAGCCCGAGAGAAAGUCGAGCUGUUCAAGCAGUACUACUUCGUUUGCUUCCGCACGUUUUACCAGCUCGACAAGACCAGCGAGAAUUUCAUGGAUCCCGUCAACUUCUACAUGGUGGUGUUCCGUGACGGAGUGCUGUCUUUUUCGUUCACCGACAACCCGCACUCGUCUAAUGUCCGGCAAAGAAUCGGCAAGCUUCGCGACUACGUGUCCUUGAGCAGUGACUGGAUCUGCUAUGCCAUGAUUGACGAUAUUGUCGACAGUUUCGGUCCUGUUAUUCGCGAAAUCGAAGUUGAAUCCGAAGCCAUCGAGGACUUGGUGUUCAUCGCGCGCAUGGACGAUUUCGAGUCGUUUUUGCCCCGGAUCGGCGGCCUGCGCAAGAAAGUCAUGAGUCUGAUGCGUCUCCUGGGCGGCAAAGCGGAUGUCAUCCGCGGGUUCUCCAAGCGCUGCAAUGAGCAGUACUCGGUGACUCCUCGUGGUGACAUUGGCCUCUACCUGGGUGACAUUCAAGAUCACGUCGUGACGAUGAUGUCUAACCUGGCGCAUUUCGAAAAGAUGCUCAGCCGGUCCCAUACCAACUACCUUGCCCAGUUGAAUGUGACCAAUCUGGUGCUGGGCAACCACGUCAACAAUGUCCUGAGCAAGGUGACGCUCAUCGCCACCAUGCUAGUUCCCAUGAACCUGAUCUGCGGUUUGUUUGGCAUGAACGUGCAUGUCCCAGGAGAGGAUGCCGACGGCUUGGGAUGGUUUUUUGGCAUUCUGGGUGUUAUCGGCGCCGUGAUUAUCCUCAGCGGUGUAGCAGCCCGAUUUUAUAAACUUGUAUAGCGCGAUAUUGCAGUAUGCGCGCUUCAUAUUAGUUAGGCGUCACUUGGCCUUGGUGGCACGUUCUAUAUAGUGCAAUGCAUAAAAUAACAACGGUGUCAAACAAUCAAAAUCCGUCUGUAUCCAUGUCUUUUUCAAAGGUUCAGAUAAAUUCCUCCAAAAGUCCCAUUAACUACGGGGUAGAAGGUGAGUCCAGUGACCGGAGAAUCUGC